UUCAGCCAUGAAGGCAGAGUCAGCGCUCCCGUUCCCAGAGACCCCAGCUGGGCCCAGCUCUAACCUCAGUAAUCUGUUGAGUGGCCGGAAGCUGAUGGCUGUGGGGGCGUUGCUCGGCUGGCUCCUGGUCAUCCACCUUCUGGUCAAUGUGUGGCUUCUCUGCCUUCUGUGUGCAUUGCUCGUGGUGCUGGGAGGAUGGUUGGGCCCCAGCGCCAUUGUGGGGGCUUCAGGUCGACUGCACCUGGAACGCUUUAUCCCAAUGACCACCUGUCCUCCGUGCCCUGAGGCAGAAAGACAGCUGGAACAGGAGAUCAAUUGCACCAUCCAGAUGAUUAUUCGGGAUUUUGUGGUAUCCUGGUAUCAUUCAGUGAGCCAGGAGCCAGCCUUUGAGGAAGAGAUGGAGGCGGCCAUGAAAGGGUUGGUUCAGGAACUUCGAAGAAGGAUGGGCAUGGUGAACAGUCAUGCUCUUGCCCAGAGGAUUCUGACUCUCUGUGGUUGUCACCUGCAGAGCUACAUUCAGGCAAAGGAGGCCACGGCAGGGAAGCAGAGUGAUCCAGUUGAGCCCUCCCAGUUCUGGGAGGCUUACUGCCUGACUAGCGCCCCUCAUCCUGCUGUGCACAGCCCCAGUGCUGAGGUCACCUAUACUCGUGGCAUUGUGAAUGUGUUGCUUCGAGGGCUAGUGCCCAAGCCCCACUUGGAGACUAGGACUGGACGCCACGUAGUGGUUGAACUCAUUACUUGCAAUGUAAUCUUGCCAUUGAUCAGCAAACUCUCAGAUCCUGACUGGAUCCAUCUUAUACUCGUAGGUAUCUUUUCCAGGGCCAGAAAUGAUCCAGCACAAGUGGCUAAACCACUCUGCCCAGCUAGUGUCCUGGAGCAGCCUUCAGUGCCCACUUCUCUGCCACUGAUUGUUGAGGUAGAGAGUCUGCCAGAAAGAAGAGCCCCUUCUCCAGUACCAGCCUCGGUGUUCCUAAACUUCAGUGAGCCAGAGGGGCCUUUAGGCCCCUCUCCAGAGGUAGAAGAAAGCCAUGGAGCUGUAGCGGGAAAUUUGGGUGAGAUGCCUGAAGAAAAAAGAGUAGGAAACAACUCAUCUCAUUUCCUACAGCCAGAUAUUCGAGGCCCCCUUUUCUUAUGUGAAGACUCAGAGCUGGAGUCUCCACUCUCUGAACUGGGCAAAGAAACUAUCAUGCUCAUGACCCCAGGCAGCUUUCUCUCUCACAGGAUUCAGGAUGCCCUGUGUGCCCUAGAGGGUUCCCAGGCUCUGGAGCCUAAGGACGGUGAGGGAUCCGAAAGCACUGAAGGAGCAGAGGCUGAGGAAGGUCCAGGGACAGAAACAGAGACAGGACUGCUGGUCUCCAUGCUGAACUCCUGCCCAGAGAUCCAGAUUGACACAGCAGACAAGGAGGUAGAUCAAGGAGAUGUCACCUCUCUUACAGCUUUGCUGGAGGGAUCAGAAAAAACUUACCACCAACGACCCUCAUGCUUAGAGAAGGAUCUUGCCAAUGGCGUGAGCUCCCUCGAUCCUAGUCUGCCUCCAGUUCUGCUUUCGUCCUCUCCACCUGGUCCUCUCAGCUCAGCCACCUUCAGCUUUGAGCCUCUGAGCAGUCCAGAUGGCCCAGUUGUCAUCCAGAAUCUUCGUAUCACUGGGACCAUUACUGCCCGAGAGCACAGUGGCACUGGAUUCCACCCAUACACACUCUACACCGUGAAGUAUGAGACAGCCCUUAACAGUGAGAACAGCAGCGGCCUGCAGCAGUUGGCCUACCACACUGUGAACCGCCGCUACCGGGAGUUCUUGAAUCUGCAGACCCGUCUGGAGGAGAAGCCAGAUCUACGAAAGUUCAUCAAAAAUGUGAAGGGUCCUAAAAAACUCUUCCCAGACCUUCCAUUUGGAAACAUGGAUAGUGACGGAGUAGAAGCCCGUAAGAGCCUCCUGGAAUCAUUCCUAAAGAUGGUGGUGAGUGCUAUUGUGGGUACCUUGAAGACUGCGUUUCCUCGCUCUGAACCACAGAGCCCCACGGAGGAGUUGAGUGAGGCUGAGACCGAAAGCAAACCCCAGACAGAAGGCCAGAAGGCUAGCAAGUCCAGACUGAGGUUCUCAUCCAGUAAAAUUGCUCCAGCACUGAGUGUGACUGAAGCACAUGACAGGAUUCUCUAUUGUCUCCAGGAAGGAAAUGUGGAAUCAGAGAUUCUAUCCAUGUCUGGGAUGGAGUCCUUUAUUGACAAACAGACAAAGUUACAGGAAAUGCAGCCAGCAGAAGCCCCAGAAAAAAGCACUGAACAAAUCCCCAGAGAAAAUGUGGACAGUUGCUUGUCAGAUGCAGCCAUGCCAGCCCAAGAUCUAAGUAACAGUGAUCCAGGGACGGAGACAGAGUUAGCUGACACAGCCUUGGAUCUGCUUCUCUUGCUGCUAACAGAACAGUGGAAAUGGCUGUGUACCAAAAACAUGCAGAAAUUUCUUCGUGUUAUCUUCGGGACCCUAGUUCAGAGGUGGCUAGAGGUUCAGGUAGCUAAUCUAACAUGUCCACAGCGUUGGGUGCAGUACCUCCGGCUUCUUCAGGAAUCCAUCUGGCCUGGUGGAGUUUUGCCUAAGUUUCCGCGGCCUGUAAGGACCCAGGAACAGAAGGUGGCUACUAAGAAACAGGCUUUGCAGAGCCUGAUGGGAGUCCUACCAGAUUUUGUUGUAGAAAUCCUUGGGGUGAAUAAAUGCCAGCUGAGCUGGGGUCUAGUCUUGGAGUCACUACAGCAACCCCUCAUCAACAGGCAUUUGAUUUACUGCCUUGGGGACGUCAUCCUAGAAUUCUUGGAUCUCAAUGCCUCUGUUGAGGAGUCUGCCACAGCCACUUCUGCCUCAGAUACCCCAGGCAAUCUGAAGAGGAUUGGUGUCUCUACUUAGCUCUAGGUUAUUUACACUUUCUUCCAAGGUUAGGAAAGGAGAGUUACUUAGCCACCCAGAGACUAGUCAGGAAGCUUGUGCCCUCUGUAGUAGGCUAUUGCUCAGAAGGCCUGGGGUUUCAUGGCUCUAUUCUCCCCCCAGUUCUACUCCAUUUCUAGUGAGUAACAGGGAUUCCUGUACCAAUUGCAUGCAUAUCCAUUUCCAUAUCUUUUUUGUGGUAUUUGGAUUGUGACUGGUGGGGGAUCCUGUUUCCUUUGGAAAAGGAAGCUGUGAGGUAGAGGAAUGAACCCCUUUUGCUUCUCCUUUUGUCCUUCCUCCUAAGAUUGUUUGCCAGAAACCUAGCCCUUUGCACACAUGUGCCUAAUCCACCAACACACAGGCUCUGGAUAGAACUGGAAAAAAAAACUAUAGCCAGCUUUCCUUGGAGAAGAAAACAGUUUUCUGAGCAGUGUAUUCCCACCUGGAAACUAAAAUUUCAUUCAGGGCCACUCUUGAAAACCAGACCCCUGGGUCCUGCUUAGUGUCCCAACAAUUCCAGAAGAAGAGGGAGGAAAAGAUUUCUUGAGGGAUUUCUUGCUCAUUGGCUGUUUUCCAGCACAUCAGCCUUAUGGAGGAUGUUAUAAAGGCUGCUUCCCUGGGUGGCUAUACUUUUCCUGUCCAGAAGACUUCAAUGCAGACUGCCAAAGCUUCUGGUAAAUCCACCCCACCCAUUACACCCUUUCCUGAAAGGGAGUUUCACCACAAAUUUUAUUUAUUAGCUUCCUCCCAACCCCCUGCCCAGGAGCAAUUGAGUUUGAUUUUGUGACCUUCCCUCUAUCUUCAACAGAAUCUCACGGCAAGUUGCAUACUCACCCUCAGUGUUUCCAAAGAAAAGGGAAAGCACUUGAUCCACAGCUGAGAAUGCCCAAAGAAUAGGAAACCCAGGGAAUGAGGGGAUCUCUCUCCACAGUCUUUGGCAGGGAACCUUUACUCUGAACAAGUACUGUUAGCAAACUUGCAGGGAACAGCUUUUUACUUCCUGUUCCAUAAGGAUCUAAUUACUAUUUAAGAACACUAGCAAUGAAGGCAAAGGUGCUCUGGCAUGCUGCAGGGUUUGUUAGAAAGAUAGGAUGGUUAGAGGAAUUGCUGGUAGAGGCAGGCUUAUGAAAAGUCACAAGGAAAGUGCCGCACACUGAAUGCAUGUGAAUAGCUGGCAAAAGGGGUUUCAAGGGCAUCACAGGGAGGCCUUUGCUGACCCCUCCUCCCUUAGCUCCACACUGGCCUGUUAGUGCCCUGCUUUCACUGAAUCAUGAGACCCUCCUGCUUGGAGGAGGGUCUCCGAGAUAGACUGUUGAGAAUGGAGUGGGGCUUCAAGAACACGUGUCAAGUUUCUCUUAGACUCUGAAGUAGGUAACGAGCACACAAUUAAAGUGGUUUGUGGAAGAAA